AGGGAAGGAGAAAGAGAGAGGGAAGAGGAGGGAGAGAGGCAGAGAGGCUGAAGGGAGUUACUAGAGGAGCAGACAGGAGAAGGCUACACAGGCAGAAGCUCAAACUUACCAAAGAGGGCAGGAAGAUGAAGGCGGGUGCAGGACUCCUCUCUGCAGUAGCGCUGUUCCUCCUGGUGGGGGCAGUGUUGAGCCAGAAUGUGCCACGAGUGAAGAAACCCACCAAGCGCCCGCCCUCCUCCAGGAAACCCUCCGUGCCCCGCCCCGCUCGCCCCCCUCGGCCCCCCCUCACCCCCAGCCCUCCCCGCCCCGCCCUCCCUGAACCCAUAGAACCCACAGAUCUGCCCCCGGUCAUCUUUGGUAGCUCAGACAUGUUCGAGCACUGCCCCAAAGUCUGCACCUGCACCAGGACUUACCCCAAUGUCCUGUUCUGUGAAAACCAUAACCUCCGAGUGGUCCCUGUGAUCCCGGAAAGGACGCAUUACCUGUACCUGCAAAACAACUUCAUCUCGGAGCUCACCGCGGAGCCAUUUGCCAACGCUACAGAGGUGCGCUGGAUCAACCUGGCCAACAAUCGCAUCCACCGCAUAGACAAACAGGUGUUUGAGCACCUGCCAUCGCUCCUGUACCUGUACGCCCAGAGGAAUCAGUUGAAGGAGGUCCCUGCUGGUAUGCCCACGAGUCUGGAGCAGCUGAGACUUGCCAAGAACCGUAUCACCAACAUCCCCUCAGGAGCCUUCAGCAAGAUGGGCAACCUCACCCUACUCGACCUGUACCACAACCAGUUAAGUGACAGUGACCUGGGGAAGAACACGUUUAAAGACCUGCACGGCCUGAUGCAGCUCAACUUGGCCCAUAACGUUCUGAAGAAGAUGCCCAUUGGAGUGCCCAAAGGAAUCAUUCAACUGUUCCUGGACAAAAACCGCAUCGACGGCAUCCCAAAAGAUUAUUUCAAUGGCUUCUCUCACUUGGCGUUCCUCAGGCUGAACUAUAAUCAGUUGAGUGACAAAGGCGUCCCAAAAACAGUCUUCAACAUCUCGUCUCUCCUGGACCUGCAGCUUGCCCACAAUCAGCUCUCCUCUGUGCCCAUGUUCAACAGCCACCUGGAACACCUGCACCUCAACCAUAACACCAUAGAGAGCAUCAACGGCACACUCCUCUGCCCCUACAGCAUGGAGGUGGAGCUAGAGGACCACAGCCUUCUGCCCCGCCUACGAUACUUGCGUUUGGACGGGAACCACGUGAGCCCCCCCAUCCCCAUGGACGUCAUCAUGUGCUUCAGACACCUGCAGUCCAUCGUCAUUUAGACUGGGACUAAACCAGGACUGAAUCAGGACUGAAGCUGUGCUGAAGCAGUGCUGAACCAGGUCUGGACCAGGUCUGAACCAGGACUAAACCAGGACUGAACCAAGACUAAACCAGGACUUACCCAGAUCUAAAACAAGAGUAAACCAUAACGAGACGAAGGCCUGAACCAAAGACCAACCAAGGACCAAACUGACUAGGACUAAACCAGAACUACACCAGGACUAAACCAAGACUAAACCAGGACUAAACCAAGAUGGAACCAAGACCAAAUCAAGACUAAACCAAGACUAAAUCAAGACUACACCAAGACUAAAUCAAGACUAAACCAAGACUAAACCAGGACUAAACCAGGACUAAAUCAAAACUACACCAGGACUAAACCAGGACUAAAUCAAGACUAAACCAAGACUAAACCAGGACUAAACCAGGACUAAAUCAAAACUACACCAGGACUAAACCAGGACUAAACCAAGACUAAAUAAAGACUAAACCAAGACUAAAUCAAGACUACACCAAGACUAAACCAGGACUAAACCAAGACUAAACCAGGACUAAACCAAGACUAAACCAGGACUAAACCAGGACUAAACCAAGACUAAACCAGGACUAAACCGGGGCUAAACCAAGACUAAAUCAAAACUACACCAGAACUAAACCAGGACUAAUCCAUGAUACAAACUUGAACUGCAAAACACUUGUGUGCUCCACUUGCAGGCCCCAAACCACAAAAUGAGAACCACCUUGAAGACGGGAGCAUUACGACUUUAAUACUUUUUUUUUUUUUUUUUGUUCCAAUAAUGUUAUAAUUUUAAUAUGUGUAAAAUAGCUCAGAAUGAAGGUGACACUGAGGACAGCUUGAUGCAAAACAAUCAAAAGAAAAGAACUUAAAACUACCAUGUAGUUGAUGAGGUCCUGGAUGCACCUGUGAUGUUUAAGUACUCCAUGUAAAAACGAUUUGUUACUCUUGUUUUCUGUAUAAAGUCACUUUGUACAAAAAUAAAUCCAUCUUUUGCUCUA